CACACACACACACACACUCACACUCGAAACCCAUAACAUUGAGGAUUGUAGUCCGACCCACUGAUUCACACACCUGCGCAAUAUUUGACUAGCGCACACCCACCACCACGAACACGUUCCGUCACCUUUUAAUCUCAAACUGUGGUGGUUUUAUUUCGUUUUGGCGGUUAUUAUCCGUUUGUUUUACGGCGCGAUAUAAAAUGCGUCGUUCGGAUUGGGGGCGUGUCUCCGAGCGCGAGCUGUAGGAUGUAUCUCUUCUCCAUCUGUUAUUCAGUGACACUUUUAACAAGGAUAUUAUGACUCCAUCAUUUAGCAGUCAGACAGACUCACACAAACGCCUAUUUCUGGAGUAUAUAGUACAUUACGCAGAUUAGACCGCUUUUUACAACAUGUAGACACAUGCGCGAUACUUAGUCUCUCUGUGAGGGUUCUCAUCAGCAGUAACAGUGCGCUUUCAGUUCUCCUUUCUACUGAAGCUGAACGGGCCCGUCUCAUCUCAUAUUAUCCUCAAACAUGGAGCACACCGGCUGCGUCAACAUCUGCAGUCUCACCAGCACCUUACCGGUGAUCCCGUACCGGAAACUAACGGACCUGCACUACCUCAGUAAAGGCGGCUUCGGGACCGUGUUCAGGGCGCAGCACAGUGACUGGCGCACCACGGUGGCGAUCAAGUGCUUGAAACUGGAUUCACCGGUUGGUGAGAGGGAAAGGAAUUGCUUAUUGAAGGAAGCCGAGGUGCUUCACAAAGCUCGAUUUAACCAGAUCAUCCAGAUCUUUGGGGUUUGUAAUGAGCCCGAGUUCUUCUGCAUUGUGACUGAGUACAUGACCAAUGGAUCACUGGAUGAGCUUCUACAUGAGAAAGAUAUGUACCCAGUGGUGGCCUGGCCGUUGAGACUGCGUAUUCUUUAUGAGAUCGCUUUAGGAGUAAACUUCCUCCACAAUAUGUCACCACCCCUGCUACACCAUGAUCUUAAAACUCAGAACAUCCUGAUGGAUGGGGAAUACCAUGUUAAGAUAGCUGAUUUUGGCUUAUCUAAAUGGCGCCAGCUCUCUAUCACUAAAGGCUCCGGCUCCAAACCUGCCGAAAUGGGAGGCACAGUCAUUUAUAUGCCACCUGAGGAGUACGAACCUUCCAAGAACCGCAGAGCUGAUGUCAAAUAUGACAUGUACAGUUACGCCAUCAUCAUGUGGGAAGUGCUUUCAAGACGGAUACCAUUUGAAGAGGCCACCAAUCCCAUGCAGAUCAUGUUCAGUGUUCUCCGAGGAUCUCGACCCGACACAGGCCUGGACAGUCUGCCAGCAGAAAUUCCCAGUCGAGAGACCCUCAUUAAACUCAUGACCAGCGGCUGGACCGCGGCCCCAAAUGAACGGCCCUCCUUUCUCAAUUGUCUUAUUGACCUGGAGCCCAUGCUGAGAAGAUUUGAUGAGAUUAAUUUCUUGGAAGCAGUGUUGGAAGUGAAACGAACAAAGUAUAUGAGGCCAUCAAGCUGCUGCUCAUCAUCUCAAACAAAUGGGAAACUAAUCCAAGAAAAGAUUGUGAAGGAGCAAAACAUCCCUUGGCCAGACAACAGUUCCACAUCUGGAUCUGGAUCCUGCUCUUCCCACGAAGCAGAAAUAUCCCAUCCGGGCUGCCUUACCAUAUCCAAUCCCUCUCAAGGUGUGUCAGCUGCUCAGGCUGGUCCGCAGGCAUCAUUAAUAUCCCUUCCGCUUGAUCCUCCAAAACCUCUUGUGGACCACUGCUCUCAGAACAACCUCAGCCCUGAAUACCAGACGGCGCAGCAUGUGUCCGACCUCAACAUCCCGUUCAACCCGCAUGCGUCACAGAGUGAAAGUGACCUGAGGAAGGUGUCUGAAUGUGCGGUGUAUUCAGUGACUCUUCAGGUUUCUGGGCCGUAUGAGGGGGUUGACCGAGCCGUCUGUCUCAUGGGUUUUAACGAAUAG